AUGGCUGACUCAACUUCCACGAUGAACGGCGUAUACGGCAACCAGUUUAGCCAACCCGCUGAGCUGGCUGCCUCCAUUCCACCUACCUCCGGUCAUGCUCCGUCUGUGUCCCAAAGCACCACUGCUUCUGCCGCGGCUAGCACUCAGAAAGCUGAUCCACAAGAGAUUGGCUGGUACUUCGUUGAGCAAUACUACACCACACUCUCCAAAAGCCCUGAACGGAUACAUCUGUUCUACAAGAAGAAGUCUCAGCUUGUCACUGGCGUCGAGGCCGAGAAGGUCAUUCCAGCUGUUGGCGAAAAGGCUAUCAGCGAGAAGAUCAAGUCGCUUGACAUCCGCGACUGCAAAGUCCGCGUCCUCAAUGUCGACUCUCAGACCUCUUUUUCGAACAUCGUUGUCCAAGUCAUCGGUGAGAUGUCCAACAAAGGCCAGGCACACCACAAGUUCGUGCAGACCUUCGUCCUAGCCGAGCAGCCGAACGGCUAUUUCGUCCUCAACGACAUCUUCCGGUACCUUAAUGAGGAUGAGGUCGAGGUCGUAGAUGAUGAAGCACAGCCCGAGGUCCCUGUGGAGGAGCCAAACACCCCUGCCGACGAGACUGUUGAACCUCCGACUGAGAAGCUCGUCGUUUCCGAGACCGCUGCAGAGCAAGUCGAUGAGAAGCUAGAAGAAGACAAGGCCGCCGAACCUGAGAUUGAGGAGCCGGUCAACGGUGUGGCUGAAUCUGUUCAAGAGGAGCCAGCAGCUGUCGAGGCUGACGAGCCUGAAGCCGAGGUUGAGGAUGUCAAGGAGGCUGAGCCAGAGCCUACUCCUGAGGCUCCUGCUGCGUCCGAGCCAACCGUUGUCGCUCCUCCCAAGGCCCCAGAACCUGUCCCAGAAACUCAGCCUGCCAAACCCAAGACCUGGGCCAGCAUGCUUGGUGGAAGCAAGCCUGCAGUGCCAGCUCUCCCUGUGCAGGCUGCUGCCCCCUCGCAACCCAGAACUCAGAAGCCGGCGGCUGCUCCAGCUGCCGCGGCCUCUCGAGCAGCUCCUACUGAGCCAACUGCCGUAAGCCCGUCACCAACCCCAAGCAACGGCUGGCAGGAAGCAGGUCACGGCAAGAAGAGCCGCGGCACUUCUCAAGCAAAGGUCGAGCCCGGCAACGUGCUCGCUUACAUCAAGAAUGUUAACGACAAGGUCGAUGCUCGUCUUCUGCGCGAGGCGUUGGAGAAGCACGGCGAGUUGAAGUACUUUGACGUUUCCCGUCAACGGAACUGCGCCUUCGUUGAGUUCGCCAACUCUGAUGGCUAUGCCGCUGCUGUUGCUGCCAAUCCCCACACAGUCGGCUCAGAGACCAUCACUGUCGAAGAGCGCCGCCCUCGUCCCAAUGCGUACGGUGGUGCCAAUGCUCCCUUCGGCCGCGGCAAUUCUCAGAAUGCUCGAGGCACUGGUCGUGGCGGCAACAUGCAGCAGCGUCAAGGCAGUCAGGGCCCUCAAGGUGGUAACGCUGCUCCACGUGGCGGCGCAAUUCAGCAGCGUGGUGGUGCUCGAUCUGGCAAUGUCACUCCUCGAGGAGGACGAGGUCAAGCUCAAGCUGCAUAG